CUAAAAAACAAGAAAAAGUGUAUUGCAAGUCCAACUUUCCUUCCCCAAUUUUCCUUUCCCUCCUUUUCUCUCCUUAAGAAACAUAGCGUGCAUAUAUUAUGGUUCGAGAAAUCAAUGAGCAUUGAGAGCUCUCAGAUUCUUGAAAGCGGGUGAUGGACGACGGCUGCUGCUUAUCUCAUGUAUUCAUUAGAGCUGCUUCGAAGAACACCCGGAAAUUGGCAGUUAUAGUUGCUGCACCGUCGAGAACUGGGCGCGGCGGCGAUCGGGUUGCAACCGUCGUUGGCGUCGAACCUGACGAUUCUUCUUCUCCAACUCAUUCGAGACCGCUGGUGUAUGAAGGCGACGAGACUUUCACGUUCGGUGAUCUAGUGAAGUCUGUCGAGUAUCUCACUUUUCGGCUCCGAUCAGUUCUCGAUGGCGACAGCGGCGACCCUCAACUCUUCUGCUCCCAAAGUUUACCAGGGAACAGCAAUCAAAGGGACCAUGGACGUGGUGUCACUGAAUUCUCAGGACCGGAGGAUGCUGCCGAAUCAAAUAAGGCUUAUCAACCAAAGAUACUCGGAAUCUACAUGCCACCAUCUGUGGAGUACAUAGUGUCUGUUCUUUCGGUCUUGAGAUGUGGGGAGGCAUUCCUGCCACUUGAUCCCGGGUGGCCGAGGGACAGAAUACUGCAAAUUAUUUCUGCUUCCAGUGUUGACCUAAUCAUCACUUGUGCUUCCUUGUUUGAAGAAGAUGGUUCAGAUGAGCCUAAUAAACUUGAUUGGCUUGCUGCAUCAAGUGGAUGUCCCAUAUUGUUCUUUACAAUGAGUGAAAGCCUUAAGGAGUGUGUUUCUCCCUCGGGGUUGGUUUUCCUUUGCCAGAGGGAUGCACAGAGGCUAUUCUGCUAUGUGAUGUAUACUUCUGGGUCAACCGGGUUCCCGAAAGGUGUUUGCGGUACUGAACAAGGUCUGUUGAAUAGGUAUCUGUGGAUGCAAGACCUCUAUCCCGUGGACAGCAACGAGAUUUUGAUCUUCAAAGCAUCAAUUAGUUUUAUUGAUCAUCUGCAAGAAUUUCUGUGUGCUAUGCUUAGUGCAUGUACAGUGGUCAUCCCUCCUUUCAUGGAACUGAAACAGAAUCCUUCUUCUAUUGUCAACUUUCUCCAGGCUUACAGUGUCAAUAGGCUUACCACUGUUCCUUCACUGAUGAAGACAGUCAUUCCAGCUUUGCAAAAUGAAUAUGAGUUGCAAAUUCAAAGGUCUUUGAAAUUACUAAUUUUAAGCGGGGAAGUAUUUCCUUUGCCCUUGUGGGACACGCUUUCUAAAUUACUUCCGAAGACCUCUAUUUUGAAUGUGUAUGGGAGUACAGAGGUGUCUGGAGACUGUACAUACUUUGAUUGCCGAAGUUUGCCAAUGAUACUGGAAACGGAGGAACUAAGCAGUGUUCCAAUUGGUGUGCCUAUAACUGGAUGUACAGUUGAAAUAAUUGGUGAAAAUGGUGCUCUGGAUGAGGGAGAAAUCUAUGUCGGUGGUCUCUGUGUUUCUGCAGGUUACUUUUCGAAUUUGACUGUCGUGUCUUCUGACUUCGUAAAGUUGCAUGAGAGUUCCAUCUCUAACUGUUCCUCGGAUAAUCGUGGAGCUCUGUUAUUCCACAGAACUGGUGAUUUUGGGAAAAAGCUUCAAUCUGGUGACUUAGUUUUCUUGGGAAGAAAAGACCGAACUAUAAAAGUGAAUGGGCAACGAGUAGCUUUGGAAGAGAUUGAAAGUGUGCUCAGGGUACAUCCUCAUAUUAUUGAUGCUGCUGUGGUUUUCAAUGAUGGCCCAGGAGAUGGUUUGUAUGUCAAGGCAUUUUUAGUGUUAAAAGAUAGAGACUUCUUUCUCCCUCAUGUGAAGUCUUCAAUUAGAAGUUGGAUGAUUGACAAGGUUCCUCUAGCAAUGAUCCCUAACAGCUUCUUGGUCAUCGAAUCAUUACCCAUAUCUUCCAGUGGAAAAGUUGAUUAUUCUUCUUUGGAGACUUCAACAGUUUCAACCAACCAUGAUCAGAUUGAGGCGGACAAUGCUGGCAAUAGCAAUCUCUUGCACAUUAUCAAGAAGGCAUUUUCUGAGGCACUGCUGAUUGAAGUGGUUUCUGGAGAUGACGACUUCUUUUUACUGGGUGGGAAUUCAAUCACUGCAGCAAAUGUUUCUUAUGGGCUAGGGAUCAACUUGAAAUUGCUUUACAACUUUCCUACUCCAUCUAAACUUCAUGCUGCUCUUAGUAAACGGCAAAUAUGCAGUAGAGAUGUUGUACCUGGAGCAGAAGCAGAUCAUUCAGACAGUUUGUCUUCACUUGAUUCUAGGGCUUCUUCUCUUGUAACCCUUAAACAGAAAUGGCAUCUGAGGAACCCUCCUGAUAAAAAUGGAAGCCAUAUUCCUCCAUCUAAGCAGCUCAAGUUGAGUUUGGAUGAGAGUUGUUCUGCAAAAUCUGCUAGUUUAAAUAAUGAACAUCUUUGGGCAGCCUGGAUCCCGACGUGGCACAUUUUCAGCCGGUGCAACAAGGUAAUGCACGAGGGAGAAUACAAGUUUGACAAUCAACACCAGCUAAUUUUCCGGGCUGAUAGCAUAAAGAAGAGGAAACAUUCUUGUUUGAAGAAGUUCUGGAAAGUCAAUAUGAAGUCCUGUGUUGAUGCAUCUCCACUUCUGGUGUUCAAGGGCAAAGAUGUUUACUUGCUUAUUGGAUCUCAUUCACAUAAGUUCAUUUGUCUAAAUGCUAAGAGUGGGUCUGUCUUGUGGGAGGUCAAACUAGGUGGAAGAAUCGAGUGCUCCGCUGUGAUCAUUGUCGACUAUUCUCAGGUGGUCGUUGGGUGCUAUGAGGGAAAAGUUCAUUUUCUAGAUCUUUUCAGUGGCAAUGUGUGUUGGACUUUCCAAACUGGUGGUGAGGUGAAGUGUCAACCAGUGGUGGACGUGCAUAGACAAGUAAUCUGGUGUGGUUCACAUGAUCACAACUUAUAUGCUCUUGACUACAAAAGCCAGCGCUGUGUAUACAAGCUUGAAUGUGGUGGCAGCAUCUUUGGGUCUCCUGCCAUUGAUGAGGUCCAUAAACUCCUCUAUGUCAGUUCUACUAGUGGUCGUGUAACAGCUACAUGCCUAGAGGCAAACCCGUUUUAUAGUUUGUGGAAGAAAGAGCUAGAGGUACCCAUUUUCGGAUCACUUUCAGUUGAUUCUCGAAGUGGGAAUGUUAUAUGUUGCCUAGUGGACGGUAACAUUGUUGCCCUGGAUUUUAGUGGUUCCAUUUCGUGGAAGAUUACAAUUGGUGGUCCUAUAUUUGCAGGAGCCUGCACAUCUUUGGCUCUUCCUUGCCAGGUGCUUAUAUGUUCCAGAAAUGGAAGCAUAUACUCCCUAGAUAUGGAAAAUGGUGAUCUCAUCUGGGAACACCAAUUAGGCGAUCCGGUUACUGCAUCUGCUUACGUAGAUGAGCACCUGCAGCUGUUGGUGUCUGGUUCCGCCUCCCCAGUUUCAUCAGACCGGUUGAUUUGCGUGUGUUCUAGUUCUGGAACCAUACAUUUGCUUCAGGUUAAGAUGGAUGAUGUGGAGAAACCCCAAAAAGGCUCCCGGGUUCACGAGUUUGCACGGCUUGAGCUCCCGGGAGACAUUUUCUCAUCCCCGGUGAUGAUCGGGGGCAGGAUCUUCGUGGGUUGUAGAGAUGACUACGUGCAUUGCAUUGCAAUUGAUGCUGAGAGUUUGGCAGGGGAAUGUGAUGAUGAUGAUGAGUGAGUGAUCAACCCAGUCGAACAAAUAUCGUCCCACCUUGAAACUGUUUGGAACUGCCUAACAUGCAGUAGUUCAACCUGUAAAUUGUGGUUCAUCAUAUUAUGCUGACUCUCACUGUUGCUAGCGGGCCCAAAAAGUUAAAUUCAGUGGUAAGCAUUGGCUUCUUCUGAAGGCGUGGAUAAAAUAUGAAAAUAUCCACACCACCGAAAUCUAGCUCUUACGUACGCCACAGUCUCUUUUCUCCCUCCAUUUCAGUGGCUUACACUAUAAUCGCCAACUACCCUCCGGCAGCCGCCGAAAUGACGGCGGGGAUAAAUCAUCGGUUGGAUUCUUCCUUUCUCUGCAACCAUUUUCGAUGAGCAUUACAUGCAAUACGAAGUGACUGUCCAUUAUGAAGUCGAUGAUAAGAAGCAGGAAUCUGGCUGCUCCAAAACCACACAGUAUCCACCACUCGGAUAAUAAUCCGAUCAAACCCAUCUGGGGAAGGAUUAAUGCAGCUGUCGGAGGAAGCAGCACCACAACGGUGCUGCGGGUCAGCAACUCGGCAUCCAAGACAGCAAAUUUGUCGGCGGCGAGAAAGGAAAGGGUAAAGCUCGACCCCCAGGGUUCCAAUUCCGGCGGCGGGUAUGAGAUCGGCGACUUCCUCAGCCACUCGUCAGGGAUCAAAUCCAUAUUGAACGACAAAGCAUUGCAGAGCUUUGAAUCCCUUGAUCCCAACACUUACAGGUGCAUUCUUCCCAAACUCAAGCUCCUCAACAUCGAAGCCACUCCUGUGCUGGACUUGCGAGUUACCCCGACUCAUGAAGAUUGCACCAUCGAGAUGCUUUCUUGCAAGCUCCAGGGUUCGGAUGUUGUAGAAUACCAGAAUGAACAUUUUUCAGCUUUCAUGGUGAAUCGGAUGACAUGGGAUACAGAUAACCCAGAACCAUUUUUGGAGGUUGAUGUGAAAUUGAAUCUCACACUUGAGAUCUACACGCAGCCCUUCACGCUGCUGCCCGUAUCUGCUGUCGAGGGUCCUGGAAAUUUAGUGAUGCAAGCUCUAGUGGACAGGUUGGUUCCCUUGCUACUGGAGCAGCUGCUGCGGGACUAUUACGAUUGGGUUGAGAAGCAGAAACAGCCUGGAAGCAUCAUCCCAUGAGUUUGUUUCCUUUCUUUACUUGCAUUGCCGGGAGAAUGAAUGGUGGCUUUGGAACUCUUGGAAGGUUCCCACCAGGCGAUGAUCUGACUGCUAGUUUGAUGGCAAAGUAUCUACGUUCUUGUCUGCUGGUGGUAAAUGGUGCAGUGUCAUCCUAUCCAGACUGUACAGAGAAAGGCGGAGAGGGAGAUUUUUCACUUGAUUCUCACCAUUGUGUGCUGAAUAUACAUGGUUUAGGGGGUUGCAUGACCUGCAAAGUUGGAGGAAGGAAUGCUAUUUGAUCCAUUCACCUGGUUUACUGGGUUUUAGAUAGUCAGACUCCUUGUUGCAUAUAGUUAUUUGUCGUCUUUAAAUGCGUUAAAUUCGAGUUCUCUUGAUGUCCAAACUACUAUGCCAAAAACCAGCAUCAUAGUUUUAAGCAGAGCUGUACCGAAAUCCUUGAGAAUAUUUUCAUCAAAUUUGAGAAUAGUCAUGUUCUUAGUUCUCCAAACAUAAUUUUUCCGAACGGAAGGAGAAGAAUGAAAAAAAU